CUUCAUUUUUAAACUAAAUUUUGUUUGCAAGCUAUAAGCUGAAGUAUAAGCGUUUUGCAUUGAAGUUUCCUUUAUUAUUCAUUGUCUUUACAAAAGUAGGCUAACGAAAGCGUUUGAAAUUCCUAAAUAAACAAAUCGUCAUUUAAUUCGUUUUAAGACUUUUCUCACAUUUAUAUAGUAGAAAUAAUUUUUUUUAGAGAUAAUAAAUAAACAUGGACAGCAAUCUAAGAGAUUUGAUGGCAAGGCUUACCAAUCAAACAUCUGAUAACAUUAGACCUGCUUGUAAAAAAUGUGGUUAUCCUGGUCACUUUACAUAUCAGUGUCGGAACUUCCUAAAAAUUAAUCCUAACCAUGAUAUUGUAUUAGAUAUCAGCAGCACUAGUUCAGAGAGUGAAGAAGAAUUUGUUUCUCCACUUGUCAAGCUUAGAGAAGAAGAAAAGACAAUGGAAUCUAUGAAGAAAAGGAAAAAAAAGAAACUUUCUAAAAGUAAAAAAUCUCAUAAAUCGAACAAAUCACCUGAAAAUUAUUCUUCUGGUGAUGAAAAACUGAAAGAGUCUCAUAAGCAUGGAUAUAAGCGAAAACAUAAAAGCGAUUCGCCUGAGUUCGAAAGUGAUAGUGAUUUCAGCAAUGCAAGCCAAAAUCUGAAGAAAAGAAAGUCCAAAAAGCAUCACUCCAAAGACAAAAGGGAAAAAAUUAUUGAUUCUGAUGACGAUGAAUCUUUUAGGCAGCACAAGAAAAAGAAGUCUAAAAAGAAGCAUAAGAGUAAAAAAGACUGAUCAGAAACUGUGGAGUACCUGAUAAAUAAUGUCAUUUGUAUCAUUUUUUACCUGUAAUAAAGCAUAUCUUUUUUUUAUAA